AUGGCUUCAUUCGCGGUCACGGCGUACGCCGCCUUAUCACAGACCCCCAAAGUCGAGGACGCCUUGUCCGGUAUAUUUGGCAGCAUCAGCUUGACCGCCUGGAUCUGCCUUCUCCUUCCCCAGCUUAUCGCCAACUACAAGGCGCAAAGCGCAGAUGGCCUCUCCAUGGGCUUCCUCAUCAUCUGGCUCCUCGGAGACGUGACGAACCUCCUAGGCGCCCUCUUCACCCACCUCGCCCCGACGGCAGUCGCCCUCGCCUCCUACUUCUGCUUCGCCGAUCUGAUCCUCAUCUCCCAAUGCGUCUACUACAACACCCGCAACGCCCGCCGCAACGCCCGCCGCCGCUCCUCCGCCGCAGUCACCGCAACCGGCGCCGCGGCGGCGCCCACCGAACACGAGCCCCUCCUCGCCCCCGCCAACAACCGCCGCCGCAGCUCCUCCGCGGGCCUGCCCGGCUCCCACCGCCGACACGCCGUGCACCACGAGAGCUCCCUCGACCCGCUCAGGAAGAUGGUCACCGGCGAGGACGAGACCCCCGACAGCAACCCGUGGCUGCACAACACCCUCAGCAUCCUCGCCGUGUACCUCGUCGGCGCCGCCGGCUGGUUCGUCAGCUACAAGGUCGGCGCGUGGGACUCGCCCGACGCGGAAGUCGGGGCGCCCUCUGAGGUCGAGGGCGUUUGGGAAAGCGUCGGCCUGGGGCUGGGGUACAUCUCGGCCGUGUGCUACCUCUGCGCGCGCAUCCCGCAGAUCGUGAAGAACUACAGGGAGAAGUCUUGCGAAGGUCUCGCGCUUCUCUUCUUCCUCCUCUCGCUCACCGGCAACUUCACCUACGGCGCCAGCUUGGUCGCCUUCAAGCAGGACAAGGCCUACCUCCUCAACGCGCUCCCCUGGCUCCUCGGCUCGCUCGGCACGAUUGCGGAGGACUUCAUCAUCUUUGCGCAGUUCCACCUGUACACCCCGCGCCGCGGGGCCAAGACCUCGGACCAGGCCUCUGUGACGGUUCUGGGACAGACCAUGGUGAUUGUCAAUGACGCCAAGAUAGCUUUCGAACUCUUGGAGAAGCGCUCGGCCAAGUACUCUUCACGACCGUUCCAGUUGUUUAGUGGUGAAAUGGUAGGGUUUGGGAAUAUGCUUGGACUUGUUCCGUACAACGACCGUUUCCGAAGGCAUCGUACCAACAUUGCGAAAACCAUUGGCACAAGGGGCCCGGCGUCCCAGUAUCAGCAGCUGCAGGAGGCCGAAUCUGGGCAUUUGUUAUUGCGCAUCUUGGAUAAACCCGAUGGACUUUUUGAUCAUAUCCAGAAACUGGCUGGCUCGGUAAUCCUGAAGAUGACCUAUGGUUACAACUCGGAGCCGUUCGGCAGUGACUACCUGGUGGAAGCUAUCGCCCAAGUUACACAUGAGUUUGAAAAGGCUGUUGUUCCCGGAGCCUUCAUGGUGGACCUGUUUCCCUGGUUGCGCUACCUGCCGGAAUGGUUUCCUGGAACUGGCUGGAAGCAAACUGCGAAGGAGUGGCGAGCCCAUCUUGACGCCGUCAUAGAAAAGCCAUUUGCAUUUGUGAAACACCAGAUGGCAGAAAGCAAGCACGACGUCGACUCGUCGAUACUUGGCCAACUUCUCAGCGACGAAGAUCAAACGGCCGAGGAUGAGUUCACGGCAAAAUGGACCGCACUUUCUCUAUACACUGGAGGAACUGAUACAACUGUCUCCUCCGUGGCGUGUUUCUUCCUGGCGAUGUCGGUCUACCCCGACGUGCAACGAAAGGCCCAAGCAGAGAUUGAUGAGGUUAUUGGACGCGAGCGCUUGCCUACUUUCUCGGAUCGCCCAAACCUACCGUAUGUCGGGGCUGUUGUCAAGGAGGUUCUCCGAUGGCACCCAGUUGCGCCCAUGUCAUUGCCUCACGCGGCUUCUGAAGACGAUACCAUCGAGGGCUAUUUCAUUCCGAAGAACGCCUUGAUUUUGACCAACAUCUGGCACUUCACACACGAUCCCGACGUGUACCAGUCGCCUGAAGACUUCAGGCCGGAGCGGUUCCUUUCCACUGAAGGCCGCACACCAGAGACCGACCCCCAGAAGUUCGUCUUUGGUUUUGGUCGUCGUAUCUGUCCUGGGCGCAUUCUUGCCGAUGACGCCUUAUUCAUUACGGUCGCACAAGCUCUCUCGACACUGAAUAUCGGCAAACGUGUUAUCAACGCAUUGGAGGAAAUGAGCAAGACGUUCCGCGACGCCCUUCUUGCUACUAGGAAACUCAACUUGAGGUACAUCUGGAUCGACUCGCUUUGCAUCAUUCAAGACUCUGAGGAGGACUGGCGCGAGCAGGCAGCCUUGAUGACUCAAGUAUACUCCAACGCCUUCAUCAACAUUACAGCAGCUUAUGCUCGAGAUGGGACGCACGGAUGUUUCGUUGAGAGAGACAUUACUGAUGUCAAACCUAUCGAAGUUUGUGUCGAGUGGGGACCUCGGCCGGGGGCCUUCCACGUCGUCAACCUAAACUCCAUGGAGGAUGACGUUGACUUCUCUCCGCUGCACCAACGGGCUUGGGUCGUCCAAGAACGACUGUUGGCCAGACGCAAUCUACAUUGUUGCAAAUCUCAGCUGUUCUGGGAAUGCAACGAAAUGAAAGCCAACGAGUCCUUUCCUGAUGGGCUUAUGCUUCCCAUCGCUAUAGAUGGUGACUGGGUUGGCAUGGCCAGUGCCCUAGACAAACAAUUCACCCACGAGGAGACGAAGCGCAAGAGACUUUUGGCAUUGAAACAGGCACCAGUCCAUAUCGGGUUUGAAUAUCAUCAUCUCUGGGACGAUAUCGUUUCGCGUUACUCUCCUUGCGGGCUUACUUUCGCCACGGACAAGCUUGUGGCGUUAUCAGGAUUGGCGUUGAGAAUGCACCAGUUCAUGAAGUGUCGUUAUCUAGCUGGGUUGUGGGAGGACCAUCUCUCGUACCAGCUGCUAUGGGAAGGUCACAACGACGUUCAACCACUGAGGAAGCCCGAAGUUUAUGUUGCUCCAAGCUGGUCUUGGGCAUCCGUCAACGGAGCAGUCACCAAAGUUGCGCAAGUUAGGUUUCCCGACAAUCGUUACUGGGGGAUAUUUGCUGGUGGAAGGCGUAUUGGCAAAGCAGACCAUUUCCGUAACUUCUCCUAA